GUUUCCUUUAACUUGGACACACACAUCUAUACCUUUGGCCAUUCUACGCCAGUCAUUUCCAGGAGUUAUCUCACCCUCUGAGAAGCCUCUGUUUUCCAAUCUGCCAAGAACAGGUAACAGCUGUUUGAGGUGAUUAUUUAUUUACCGAUGUGAUCAAUCAUCAGCGGAAAGGUUGUGCUCAAGUUUUUAUUGUACACGCAGACAACGAUGGCAACAACAAGUCCUGCUGUGAGAGAGUACGUAUUCACAAGGCCAACUUCCACAGCUGCUGCAGACAACUUGACUUUAACACCAUAUGAUUACAAUUACGACUACACCUUGCUUCCUUAUUGGGAGUCUUCGGACUAUGGGAAGUGUGAUUACGAGCGUCACAGAGUGUAUUUUCUUCCUGCCAUCUACUCCAUGUUCUUCCUCCUCGGCCUUCUGGGGAACUUCCUUGUCAUCUGGGUCACCGUUUGUGGAUUGCGACUUCGCAACAUGACAGACGUGUGCCUCGUAAACUUGGCCAUCGCUGACCUCCUGUUGGUCGGCUCCCUGCCCUUUUUGGCCCACCAAGCCCGGGACCACUGGAUAUUUGGGGACGCUAUGUGCAAAAUAGUCCUUGGUAUUUACCACAUUGUUUUUUACACCGGUAUUUUCUUCAUCACGCUAAUGAGCAUCGACAGGUACUUGGCCAUAGUGCACGCUGUUUACGCCAUGAGGACACGUACACGCUCUUUUGGCGUUAUAGCAGCAGGUGUCACAUGGCUAGCUGGAUUUUUGUCAUCGUUUCCUGAGGUCCUCUUCAUAAAAAACCACAACCAGACCAUACAGCGGUCUGUCCUCUCGAACACCUCGUUCUGCUUCCCUGUGUAUCCGGCCUUUGAUGGCACUAACACUCACUUCUGGAGUGUUUUUGGUCUUUUUAAAAUGAAUAUUUUGGGUGUAUUCGUCCCCAUGAUCAUCAUGGCUUUCUGCUACACACAAAUCAUCAGGCGGCUGCUUUCCACUCAGUCCUCCAAGAGACAGGCCAUCCAUUUAAUCCUUGUGGUUGUGGCUGUCUUCGUCUUCUGCUGGGUGCCUUACAAUGUGGCAUCCUUCUUCAAAGCGCUAGAGCUACUGAACGUUUACUCGAAGUGCGAAAGCAGCAAAGUCAUCCGACGGGCUUUGGAAAUCACAGAAGUGAUGGCUUACUUUCACAGCUGCCUCAACCCUGUGCUCUAUGUGUUUGUGGGGGAGAAGUUCAGGAGGACCUUGCUCAGGUUGAUCCACAGAGCUCCGUGCGCUCUGUGUCAACUGGUCAAGAUGGUCAUACCUCAGGAACACAUCAGCAGGUCCAUCAUCUCCCAGACCACCAGCCUGGAUGAGAGGAGCACUGCUGUGUAAAAUAGGAGAAAGUCACAUGUGUCUUACGAGUUACCCAGCAGGCACAAGACAUUGAUACAACGUUGAUUAUACAUACAUGUCCUUUAAAACUGACUUUGAAACAACGUUGCAAAAUAGUUGGAUUUGUAAAUUGAGACAAUGUUGGUGUCUAACGUUGGAUCCACGUUGUUGGUGGGGGAAAUGACUAAAUUUCAGUGGUCAAAUCAACGUCACAGCCUGACAUUGAAUAAACGUUGUCAUAAAGCAUGCUGUUUCAAUGUUGUAUUUGUGUUGUAAUAUAUUGGUAGGAAAAUGACCAAAAUUCAACAUCAGAACCCAACAUUAAUUAAACAUUGUCAAAAAGCAUGUUGUUCCAACGUUAGGUUUGAAUUGCUCAACGUCUAGUUCAACGAGUUGUCAACAUUGCUUUAAUGUAUUGUGCCUGCUGGGUAGGUGCAAGCACCAUCAUCCUAAUGACAGGUGGUGACCAGAGAUUUUUUUUCUACUUGUGGUCUACAUAACAUGGUGGUUCUAUGGUGAAAAAUGUGCAUAGAUUUUGUUUUACAGACCUAUUUUCAUGUCACUUUUUUGCUCCCUUUCAAAACAGUUCGCUUUGAGAGACAUAGUUAUUAGAUGCAAGUGAACCUCUCGUCACCGAGACUCAUCAUGCUUUGAGCCUUCACCCCCUUGUUUUCUAGGUUUUUUGCUCUUGUUUUUUUGUGCACUAUGGACAUUGGUGACCGCCACCAGCUAUCUUCACCACAACACAACAUUCCAGAUGAUAUGGCGAGAUCAGCGUCUCAACGUGGUUUGUUGUCAGCACAAAGGAAGGAGGCGAACAAAAGUGAGGAAGGAUGUAGGUCUGAAGCUAUACACGCUGGCUAAGGUUAAACUUCUACUGAGUCUAACUUUCUAAUGCUAGAUCCUGGACGUAUGCAUGUGUAUAUUGACAAUAAAAGGCUUUUAUAUUCUA